UCCGAUCAUAUUUUAGGACGGAGAAUUUAAAGAAAGGUGCGGCACCUGUAAACAACGAUGAUAUUAUUGACCUUAUUCAGACCAACAUGUUUGCAGAGAUUGGAUGUGGUCCAUUAUGUCGUGUGAACCCGUUGACAGACCGCGGGAAAAGGUUCCAGUUGUUUAAGAUACUAUGUUUGACAGUGAUACCUAUCCUCGGUGUAUGGGGCUUUACGAUGUACUCACUUUCAGACAGUGUGGAAAGCAAAACCGACAUUGAAGUUGCAAAAAACUCGAUGUCUAUAGUGGUAGUCCUUGGACGCUUAAUCCAUCGUCUGCAGAUGGAACGAGAUAUGAGCGUUCUGUAUUUAAGCGAUCUUGGACCUGGAACCAAAACGUUUCUUCUCGCAGAAUAUAUGGCUACUGAUGACGCGCUAGAGAAGCUGACAAUCUGGCCUGGUGCCUUACAGAGAAAUCCCCGGGAGCAGUUCAGAAGCAAAGUUAAUCUCAUGUCCUAUAUAGCACAACACAGAACAUCCCUGAAUCCGAAGAAAGUAGAUCUUUAUGAAGAAAUCAACUUUUACAGUGACAUCACGCGGGAGUUUCUGGAAUGGCUAGUAGAGAAUAUUAAAGGUUCCGGGUUCGGUGCUACUUGGAAGACGCUGGUCGCUUACCAGAAGAUAACUCGUUGUAAAGAAGAUAUCGGUGUGGAGAGAGCAUACGGUGCCAUGUUUUACACGAUUGGAAUGUUCCCUCGCUGGAUAGACUUUGAAUUUUACAACGACCAGGUUCACGACUUUAAAUACAACUACAAAACCGCUGUUUUCUACUCCGAUAUAGUUGUCCCAUUGCUUAUGGAAGAAGUUAAGGAAAUCAAAUCAACGGGCAUCAACAUAACAGUAACAGUAAACGCCUACCGGUAUGAAAUACAGUACCAUGACCUGAAUGUGUCUUACAAGUCGGAGGAGAAGACGAAAUGGUUCUUUGACAACAUGACGGAAUAUCUCGACUCAUUACUGAUGAUUCAAGAAAAAGUUGCCAGCAGAAUUACAGAGGAAGUUGAAGAAGUCCUCAAACAGGUUAUCACAAAAGUUGUGAUUUACGCAUCAAUGGUCGUUGUAGUAAUUGCUAUGUGUCCAGUCAUCAUGUUCUCAUCUGAAGCUCUUGCCAGCGACAUCCAAAGAUAUACACAGACUCUUGUUGCCAAAACAAAGGAACUGAAUUUAGAAAAACACAAAACAGACACACUCCUGUAUCAGAUGGUACCUAAGUCAAUUGCAGAACGACUGAAAAAUAGUUCAGCGGUAGAAUCCGAAUUCUUCCGAUCAGUCACGAUUUUCUUCUCGGGUAUUUCCGGCUUCAAUCAAGUAUGCGCCGAAUGCUCUCCCAUAGAUUUGGUAAAGAUUUUGAACAGUCUGUAUACUGCUAUGGACGAACAAAUUGGCAAUUAUGACGUGUACAAGGUGGAAACUAUCAACGAUUGUUACAUGGUGGCAUCAGGUUUACCAAACAGAAAUGGAGAAAAGCAUGUAUCAGAGAUUGCCUCUAUGGCAAUUGAUGUGCUCCACAUGUCUCGAAACAAACAAUUCCCCUCCGAACAUACACCUAUACAACUUCAGAUUGGAAUAAAUACUGGUUCAGUUUCUGCUGGUAUUGUAGGCACAGUUAUGUUACGGUACUGUUUGUUUGGUGAUACAGUCAACAUUGCUUCUAGAAUGAAUUCUUAUGGCCUACCCAACCGCAUCCAUAUAAGUGACAAUACUUACUUAUGCUUGAAGAAAACUGGCAAGUAUAAGAUGAAGCUACGUGGAAAUAUGGACAUAAAAGGUAAAGGUCGAAUGGACACCUACUGGUUGAUAGACCGGAUGUACGGCGGAACGGGCGGACCGAAUGACGAGGAUUAUUCUAAAGAUCGUCUGGUUAAUGAAGACGCUUACAAUGUCACUAGACCAACAGAACAAAAUCUUGGUGAGCAUGAAGUUCCGAUUCGUGUGUCAGCCACGAGCUAUUACCCGCCACUGAUGAAGGGGAUGGCAACGUUGGCAGACGACAAGAAGAAAAAUCGAAAAAACGUAGCAGCGAAGAUUUAAAUCACAGACGACAAAGCUUUGAAGACUGGUGCUAAAUGGGAUUUUUAAGAUCAUAGGGACACACGUCAAUUAUUUAUAGAAUUUUCCCUACGUUUGAUUUCGAACUUUCUUUUUUUUAAGUAAGGUGAUAUAGAUUAAGCUUAAUUAAGUAUUAAGAACACAGGAUUCUAUCAAGCUGCAUGGUAGAUAUGCAGGUUGAUUUUGCUCAAUACAAAUACCCAUAGGAAUGGUCCCAGAAUUAAGCGUUAAAUGCAAAAUCUUGAUUAAAUAAACACCAUGCGAUAACAGGGACACAUUGAUUCUGAUAUGAUUUUCGUUUUCUGAAUUGUCAAUUUAAUAGUGGUUUUCAACAAAACAGUACGAAAUUUAUUGCAGUAAACUGUUGGAAUAAUGUUUAAAAACUGCCGGCAUUUUCGUUUCAAUGAAGCACAUGACGCAACUUUUCAAUGUAUGAAAAAGCAAUUGCAAGUUUUCGGCAACUUUCCGUCUUUCCUUCAAUCUUCGUAUGAGGCCCCGAAAAUACACGGAAUAAACACAGUCUUUCUAUACAUAAUUGGAGCUGCGUCACGACAAAACCAACAUAGUGCG